AGCUUCCAUAUAUGUGAAUGACUGUGUGAGUGUCUCUGUCUGUGUAUAUACACACACAUCAAAAUCGCCAUAAAUACAAUCUGUAAUAUUCCUCGGACCCUUUCUGUAUUACGAAUGGUGGCGCCCUACAAUUGUGAUAGAGUUGGCAAGAUGUUGAAGAUCGUCUUGUUCUUUCUGUCUGUCAGUUGUCCCUUCAUGGCUGCAGCUUCAGCUGGUAAUUUCUACCGGGACUUCGACCUAACUUGGGGUGAUCAUCGAGCUAAGAUACUCGAUGGUGGAAACCUCCUCACUCUUUCUCUCGACCGAAUCUCUGGCUCUGGGUUUCAGUCCAAAAGAGAAUAUCUCUUCGGCAGAAUCGACAUGCAGCUCAAGCUUGUCGCCGGGAACUCCGCCGGCACCGUCACCGCUUACUAUUUAUCUUCACAAGGGCCGAAUCACGAUGAGAUUGAUUUCGAGUUCUUGGGGAACUUGAGUGGAGAUCCUUAUAUUGUGCAUACAAACGUUUACACGCAAGGGAAAGGGGAUAGAGAGCAACAAUUCCACCUAUGGUUCGACCCAACAAAAAACUUUCAUACAUACUCAAUCCUGUGGAAUCCCCAACGUAUCAUAUUCCUAGUGGACAACACACCCAUAAGAGUGUUCAACAAUGAGGAAGCAAUUGGGGUUGGCUUCCCCAAGAAGCAACCCAUGAAGCUCUACUCGAGUCUAUGGAACGCGGACCAGUGGGCAACAAGAGGCGGGCUAAUCAAAACCGACUGGUCCAAAGCUCCAUUCACAGCAUACUACAAAGGCUUCAAUGCCAAUGCCUGUGUUUGGUCUCGGGGUUCUUUGUCGUGUGCCAGUGGCCGAAGUACCCCUAGACCAUAUGGCUUGGGCAUGAACUAUAACAAUGGAUGGCAGACUCAAGGGCUUGAUGCACCUGGCCGAAGAAGACUGAGAUGGGUGCAGAGGUACCACAUGAUAUAUAACUAUUGCACUGAUCUGAAGCGAUUCCCUCAGGGACGUCCAAGGGAGUGUAGGCGUUCUAGGGUUUAG